CACACACACACACAGUGGGGGAGACCGCUUCUUUUGUAAACAGUUGCAAUGUGACGUGCUUGGAAAGCAAGUGAGCACCAGGGUGAAUGCCACUAUACACUCCUCAGCAGCUGAAGUCGGGCUACAGAUGGAUCUCAUGCGCACUCUGCUACCUGCUAUACUCUGUUACUUGUGCAUAAGCCUUGGGGGGGCCCAAACAGUCCUGCUGAAUAACAUGUACGGAAUUGUGCAUUCACCAAACUUUCCUGAGCCGUACCCAAAGGAGAGAGAGAUCCAGUGGAAUAUCAGCGUUCCAGAUGGGUAUCAGAUUCGCCUGUACUUCAUGCACUUUGACAUUGAGCCAUCAUACCUGUGUGAGUACGACUAUGUGAAGGUGUACUCGGAGACAGAGGAGCUGGCAGUGUUUUGUGGCAGAGAGAGCACAGACACGGAACUGGUUCCAGCUGAUGAAGUUCUCUUGUCUCCAGGGAACGUGCUCAGUGUGGCGUUCCGCUCAGACUUUUCCAAUGAGGAGCGGUACUCUGGGUUCGAAGCACAUUACAGUGCAGUAGAUAUUGAUGAGUGUAGGGACAAAAACGAUGAAGAUCUUGCCUGUGACCACUUCUGCCAUAACCACAUUGGUGGCUACUACUGCUCCUGUCGCUAUGGAUACCAACUCCAUUCUGACAACAGAACAUGCAAAGUGGAGUGCAGUGAUAGUGUGUUCACUGAGCAUUCCGGACAGUUUACCAGCGCCGAUUUUCCAAAGCCAUACCCAAAAAGCUCAGACUGCUUAUACCGGAUUGAGCUGGAAAAGGGCUUUCUGGUCAAUCUGGAAUUUGACGAUAGCUUUGACAUAGAGGACCACCCAGAGGUCAUGUGUCCAUAUGACCACAUUAAGGUUCAGGCAGGAGACAGAGAGUUGGGUCCGUUCUGUGGAGAUCGUUCCCCUGGCAGGAUCCAGACUGAAAGUAAUAUUGUAAACAUCUUGUUCCACAGUGACAACUCAGGAGAGAACCUGGGCUGGAAAAUCACCUACACUGCUACAAGCAGUGAGUGUCCAGUACCUAUAGUGCCCCCAAAUGGUCAUUUGGAGCCACUGCAGUCUCAAUACUUCUUCAAAGAGCACAUCACAGUGACCUGUGACCCUGGAUACACACUGCAAAAGGAUGGAGAGAAAUUUGAGCACUUUCAGAUACAGUGCCAGACAGAUGGAGCUUGGAGCAGCAGUGCACCUAUCUGUGAAAUGGUUGACUGUGGUCCUGUAGAUGGAUAUGGAGGAGAUGUGGUGUAUAAUAGCUCCAGUAACAGCACUACCUUUGGGUCCAGGAUUCUGUACAGCUGCAGAAGUUCUCUCAGAGACCACAGUGCGGUUCUCACCAUCAUCAGUCAAAGAGAUGAACCAAGUAUGUAUACGUGUGAUCAGAGUGGUCUGUGGGUGAGAGAGGAUGGAACCACAUUGGCCCUGUGUCAAUCAGAUCUGGGGAACACUAUGCAGUCAAUGUUUGAAUCCCAGCUUCCUAGUCCAACAGCUAAAAUCCAAUCUGCAUGUGGCGAAACCUCUCGACCCUUCCCAUCCCAGCAGAAGCGUAUCGUGGGUGGACGAACUGCAUCUCCUGGUUUGUUCCCCUGGCAGGUGCUCCUCUCUGUAGAAGACGCCUAUCGUGUACCUGAGGGGCGUUGGUUUGGAAGUGGUGCGCUGUUGUCCCCGUCUUGGGUUCUCACAGCUGCUCAUGUGCUCCGCUCUCAGCGCAGGGACUCCUCCAUCGUGCCUGUCGCCCAUGAACAUGUACGUGUCACCGUGGGGCUUACAGAUGUCCGUGACAAACAGCUGGCCCUCAACCAUUCAGUGGAGAGGCUUGUCCUGCACCCACACUUUGACCCACGUAACUAUGACAAUGACAUCGCUCUGGUCAAACUCAGCCAGGAAGUGGUACUGAACGAGGUAGUGAGGCCUGUGUGUCUGCCCCCACCGUGGGUCAGAGGACAGGCUCUCACUCCACUGCCCAGCAUGCUAGGUGUGGUUGCUGGAUGGGGGAUCAACACAGCCAAUGCUUCUGUUUCAGACAUUGGGCUGACCUCAGACCCUGGUGUUGUGUCUGAGAUGUUGCAGUAUGUGAAGUUACCCGUUGUGCCACAGGAGGAGUGCGAAGCCAGCUAUGCAUCACGCUCGGUUAACUAUAACAUCACUGACAACAUGUUCUGUGCCGGUUUCUACGAAGGAGGCCGUGACACCUGUUUAGGGGACAGCGGAGGGGCAUUUGUAAUUGAGGAUCCCCACAGUGGGAGAUGGGUAGUGCAGGGGCUUGUGUCCUGGGGUGGCCCAGAGGAGUGUGGGAGUCAGCGGGUGUACGGGGUGUAUACCCGAGUGGCAAACUACGCCCUCUGGCUGCACACACAGAUGGACUCAGAGCGCUGAUGGUAAGGGAAGGAGGGAUGAUUGACAUUUGGAGGGAUUGACAUUUCCAUUCGAUCCUACCUUUCUUGUGCAUUCUUAUUCAUUGUCCAUUAGGAUUGGGAGGUAUCCAUGCUUUUUACCAUCAAACUGUGCCCAAAUAUUACUCCAGUGUAAGCUAUUAUUAGUACAUGAGAUGAAGAAGAUGCAAAAAUAAAACAGGGGCUCCCAUAGUUUUCUUUUUCUUUUAAUACACGGAAUGCAAACUGGCUAAAUUGCUCUUAAGUGACACAAUUGAGAAUUGAAUUCCUGGACUAGCAGUUAAACUGCUAGCAGGCGUCAAAUUCAAAAUGAGUGAAUUUUUGCAAAAAACAAUAAAGUUUAUCAGUUUGAACGUUAAACAUCUCGUCUUUGUAGUGUAUUCAGUUGAAUAUAGGUUGAAAAGCAUUUGGAAAAUCAUCGUUUUCUGUUUUUUGUUUAUGCUUUACACAGCGUCCCAACUUCACUGGAAUUGGGGUUGUAAUAACAACUGCCAAGUUGGACAGUAGAACGGUCCUGGCUGUGGCGCUAGUGCUAACUCAGCUAGCAUGAUAACAGUUCCACACAUCAUAUGACAAGUUGUUUGACUUCACUCCCUCAUAUUUGAGACUUUGUCUGCCAAGCUUUUGUCCAUUUUACUUCCAUGUCUACUGUUGUGUGAAGCUGUAUGCCUACUAGCUACGCUAACAUUUGCACCACAGCAAGCACCACUGCAUUGUCCUUGUUUAACACUGUUUAACAUUUGGCAACCUUUAUUGUCCGGUUGAUGGUUUAACAUUGAUAAAAUUCUGAAUUAAAAGUCAUAUACCAUAUUACUAUUAUACCCCCCCCCAACCUGUUCUCACAUAAAUUUCCUGCAUGCCACUUUGCCACACGUCAAAAUAUGGCACUCUUAUUUUUUGAACAUCUUUAUAUUCUAUGUAAUAUUUUGAAUAUAUAUGUUUUUUGUACUCUGUGUUCCCAGUGAUGAACAACUGUAUAAUACCAGAAAUAAGCUGUGACAGUGUGUUCUGCCUCCUGGUUCUUUUUAACUCAUGACACCUUUGAACCGAAUCACAAACAUAAACCAGCUACUUUAUACUAUAAAGGACGUUGCGAGGAAUUUCUUCCAAAUAAAAUCAAUAACACUUGUA